UAGCUAUAUACAUUUUAAAGAAAAGACUUUAUAAUGAAGCUGUUACAGCAUUGCUGGUACUCACUCGUCUUAACACUUACGGUGAAACGAAAUUGAAAGUAAUUUCGUUUUAGUUCUGAGUAUGGCUUCGAACUACGAGUACGUGUCUGAUAGCAGUGUGUCAGAUUUCGGCGACAGUGACACAGAUGUUCAGUCUAAUUCUGAACCGGAUUCAGAUUCAGCAGCACCACAGCAGCAGGCCUGUAUAUACUACAACAAAGGCAACUGUCGCAAUGGCGAGAUGUGUCGAGACCUACACGUGUGCAAAUAUUUUUUGAAAGGCUCUUGUCACUAUGGCAACAGCUGUCAGUUCAGUCAUGUCAUGAACUCCAAUCAAACCAGGAGGGGCCGUGGCAAAAGGACCCCAAGAUACAGAGAGCGCAGUCGCAGUUCCUCAUUGGAUGACACAGACAGCAGCAAGCCCUAUAGAUGGCAGUUAAAUUUGGGACAGGGCUGGGAAGAUGUAGCCAAUGAUCACAUCCUGGAAGCUCAGUUCUCAAGACCUAACACGAAAGGCAUCAGGAUUUACAACACUCCCUGUGGUGCUCUGUCUAUCGACUUUACAAGAAUGUGCAUCUUGAAGAAAACCAACCUGCAAGUCAGGCGCAAAUACUCCCGUCACUGCAAAUGGCAGUGGUAUUACCAAGGCAACCAUGGCUGGCAUCAGUACGGAAAGAAGGAUGCACAGGGCAACGUCAGUCCAGUCAAUAGCUCCAAGCUGGAAAGUGAGUUUCAGAAUAACCGGCGUGGUACUGUUAACUUCACCAUAAGCUCCAGCAACUACGAGAUAAGAUUUAAAGAAAUGUGCCAGAAAAACUUGUCUACUGGCCACAGGAGGAGAAUCAGAAGGCGUCCAAAAUAUGUUCCUCCCCAGGAUGGAGGUAGACUGAGUGCAGUGACGAAUAAGUUAAAGACCUCAUGGCCGUCCUCAUCUAAGAAGACCCCUCUGUGGCAGUUCAGUGGGAGAGGAGGAAACUGGCAUAAUUUUGUACAGCGAGGCUCCUGUACUGUAACAAGUGCAGACAUUGAGGCAGAGUACCAGCGUAACACUCAGGGCUCCAUGAGCUUCACUGUAAAUGGAGAUCAGUACAUCCUGAACUUCUCACGAAUGACCCAAACCAACCAGAAAACGCAAGCCACUCGCAAUAUCAGACGUGUGAUGCAGUGAUGCUGCUCUCGCAGCAGGUUUCAGAAAUUUGCACGGGAUAAAGAAAGGGAAAUGGUGGUGAAAGUGAUAAUGAUUAAUCUGCAGUGAAUUUAGACAAUUUUUUCAUGCUGCCAUAUAUACAGACUUCAUGUACUGAAAAUUUGUGCUGCACACUAACAAACUUGUUUACGUGCCGUAUUUGCCAAAUAAUGCCUGUGAUUAGUUUCUGUUAAUGAUGGGGCACUAGAUUUCUUGUGUGAUUUAUAUGACUAUUAUUAUUUUUGCAAAAGCAUUAAGAACUAAAGGCUGUAGACUCUUUUGAGUAUGAUCAUGUUUUCAUUUACUGUAUUCUUAAUUUUUGCUUAAAUAAUAAAAUUGGAUUUGCCAGAACUGUUUAUUAAAUGUGUUAAAUGAAACAAGCAAGACGGUUAUGGUUUCUUUAAGUUUUAGAAUAAUAGAAGAAUUCUUAUGAGGUUUAUUGGUCACACACACAAUCAUUCACAGUACAAUGUGGAGUGAAAUGACUGGUGAAUUUACAUAAAAACAGAAUUUAU